AUUGUGCUGACAUCAGCAAACUUAGGAAGCCAAUCAAGCUCCACUUUUUGCUAGACAAGUGGCAGAGAGCUACAUGAGCUACUUUCAGCAGAAAGAGUUGUGCUUAAAUUCUGAAAAUGCAUCAGCCUGCAGCGAAUGAGAAGCAGGACCUUUCUGUGCUCCUCAGUAGCAGCAAGCUCUCAACUAGAUGGCAAGAAAGUAGUGUUGGUGUGGAGCAAAGGAAGUCUUUUUGUGGUUGGAAACUAAUCCGACCAGCUGCUGCUUACGUUGUAACACAAACACCAUCCGUUACAAGAAGAAAGAAGAUCUUACUACCUGAUGCUGAUUCGCAUCCAAGCAGACAUGUUAAGUUUGACUCUACAUCCACAGGUAGAUCUAGCAAGCUGGCUGAUUACCCUUACAUGAGCAACAUGACUGGACAUUUAAACGAAGAUUAUUCCUAUGUGUAUAGAGAAGGUUUAAGCUCUGAUGUUAGUGGAAAUAGUGUGUAUCCUUUCUAUAAACAUUUUCCAACGCAGACAAGAUCAACGAUAGAACUUGAGCCGGUUGUACAAUAUAGAUGUCCUGAUCCAUCGACUCAAAUUGAUAUAUCAAGGAUUGUAUCGAUGCAACUUAAACCCGAGGUUCUAGUUGAGCAACUCUUAAUUGAAAACAGGCUACGAACAAUGAGUAUGGCUGCCUUGCCUACUCUUAAUCUUGAAGGAGUUGGAGUAAGCUCAGAUAAAUCUUCACAGAAGAGCGACAGUGCACCUUUGUUAAGAAAAUCGUCCUACCAAAACGUGAAGAAAAAAAGACGCAAGCCUUAUGCACAAUUAGAGUGGUGUAGCUUGAAUGCAGGCUCAGAUAACUCACCUCAAUUGGGUCGACUACGUGAGGAUCAAUUGAAGCACAUACAAACACAACAACCCACAGAAGAUUUUCCAUUCAAUAACUUCAGCUAUUCUCAUCAAAGUAGUUUGAACUUCAGACACAGUCUAAAUCCUUCAGUAGACACUAAGGCCGAACAUUAUUCUCAAACAAAAGGAACUGGCAAACUACCUGAGCGGAAAUCAAGUGCUCAGCAAUCAGUUCAUGUUGUGGAGCCUAUACUGGAUAGAACAUUGCCUGUGCAUACUGAUAGGCAAAAAUAUCAGCGAGAUUUGUUUGAAACAAAGUCACCGAAUACAUUGACUUCAUUGCUGAAACUGUGGAAAAAUACACCAGUUAGGUACUAGAUAUCUAGGACUUCACUAACGCACAUUUGUACCAAUAUAAUGCAUUUCAUUGUACACCAGCUGUGUAUUACUGUUUAUA